AGACAGACGGAUGUGAUCAACACACUACCACAUUUGGGAUUAUAGCGAUUUUUAUAGAUCAACAGGAAAGAAUCGAAGCGAAAGGAGAACAAACUUUAAGGAACUAACAAACCUGCACGGAUUGACGGGAGGACUGGAGGAAGCGGAGAGAGGAAGAGGGCAGAAUGGAUAAACCAAACACAAUUUGAGGGGUGAAUUUGAACAACUGACUUUUUUUUUUGCAGUCGGUCUGCUGCCAGGCCUCAGACCUGCUAGGAUCGAGUUGCUGGUGUUCACCAACCCACAGUCAUUUUCUCAGCGCCAGCCAGUUGACCGGUGAAGUCAGCGCUGUAGGGAAGAUUGGCGAUGAUCCACUUUCUGCCUCGCCAGAAGUGUCGGGGCCAUCGCCGUUAGAGCUCCUUGUGUUUGCAGUGGCUCAGACAGUGAGAGUGUGUAGUAAUCCUAAAGAUGACACCCGCACUUUAUUCCAUCAGAUAGCGCUCAGUGAAGUGUGCGGUGAAGCUCAUCACGCUUUGUCUCUUCACUACAAACACACAUAUUUAACAAAUAUACAAACACACCGACGAUGCAUUGGAUCCUGACAAUCAGAGGAGCUCUGUCCGGACCUUAAACACAGCAGACUUUCAGAUCAGUGUGUAUGAGUGUGUGUGUAUCUGGAGGGCACCCGGUGGAGCAUGUUUGAAAGGUAGAGUAAGGCAGGUUGAUGCUGCGCGAAUACACUUUUUGAUAGGCUGUGAUUAUUCUGAGUAGUCUAGAAUUACCAUGUCAAAUCACUGUCCAUUUACGCUACAGUGUGUACAUGAUAGCGUAUCAAAAGAGUUCUCUCAUUCAAGCGAAUAAUGGUAGAUACCUUGUGUGAGUAAUGCGCAAGUCUCUGGGGUAAAGUAGCAGACUGAAAUGUGUAAUAUUUGAAACUAAAGCGUCUGACUGCUGUGUGUUCCUAGCAGGUUGGUUAUUCUACACAGGGCCAGCAUUUCCACUCUCUGUCUUUAUAGAGCAGUACUCGAGCUCAAUGGAUUUUAUUUAACCUUAGCUAUCUCCAGAUGGGUUGUAGUGAGAUAGUGUUUCUCUCCAGAGGCCUGGCUGGUUUGGUUAUAGCUCAAAGGGAACAUUGACUCCUGCCCGCCGAUUUGUCGAGUGAGAAGUGCGGGAAACCCUGUUUUACUAUUCAAUACAAUACAAUGUCUUCAAGGGUUAACAAUGUUGCCCUAUAUUUCUCUGUCUCUCCUUGAGGGCAUGGCAAUGUAGGUAGAUAGCUCUGUUUCAAAAGUUAGCACUCAGUCAACAUCAGUAGAAAUACACUUGACUCAGCCUGUAUCCGACUGAAAUAUUGUAUUAUUGAUGUUUUCUUUUCCUUAGAGCAGUGCGGUUUGACCUACACGAGACAAGCAGUCUGUUGUUGUGGUUAAUUGUGUGGCUGAUGUGAAGGGCGCUGAACUAGCUUAGCUCCAACUUUGACACUGCAGCGUAGCCCACACUUACUGAUGAGCUAAUUAAGUUGUCCUUCAUUUGGUUAAAAAUCACAGCUGACAUAACUGAAUUCCCUCUCUGGUAUAGAGCAUAGUAUUUCAUGUCUGCUUUGAUCACAUUUGGCAUUGGUUUUUGUGGUUUAUUGAUCUGAGGCACCAGUCUCAGGAGGCUCAGAGCACUGUGGUAGAAAAAUAGGUAGCCUAGCAGUGUUUGCUUUGUUUUUGUUUUGCUUUGAUGGAACUGAGCAGCUUCUGCACUGUAUUGGUUUAAGACAAUUCAUGUCAGUUAUUUCUAAGCAGCACAAGGUGCUAAAGUCAACAGUGGUACUCUCUGUUUCUCUAUGCUUUUCACUGUGUGCAUUGUGAUACAGUGUCUAAAUCGCUAGCUCUGUUAGCGCCCUGAGCGCUAGCCAAGUGUCUAGUGGAUAGCGUGCAAGCCCUGGCUACAGUUCAUUUAUUUGUGACUUAGCAUCUAAAGCAGUUUCUUUGCAUGUGUUGUGUUCCAGUUAGCACAUAAGAGUCCUUUCUUUAAGUGUCCUCAAACAACAACUUCUGUCUGAUUGUAAUGCAGUAAAACCGGGCAGUUAGCCUGUGCACGUGUCUGCAGCAUCACAGUUGAGGACAUACACAGUGUUAGUGUGUGUGUGUGUGUGUUUGUUUGUGGACUAGCUUGUCUUUAGCAGUGCAUGCAGGGUCACAGAGGAGCCAUUGAUCAAACGUGCACAUCCACACACACACUCAAACAUACACACACAGCUUCUAAAUACACAAUGAAGCCUGUCCGGAGCUCUGUCCUCUGUCGCCUCCUCCCUACACCCUUCUCUCCGGCCCUAUGCAGCCUGGUCCUGGUCCUGCUCUGCCUUACUCCCCGUUGUCAGGCGGUGCAGGCGGAGAAUGUGACAGUCUUGGAGGGAGGUACGGCCCAGAUCUCCUGCCGCCUGCAGAACUACGAUGGAUCAAUCGUGGUUAUCCAGAAUCCCCGCCGGCAGACGCUCUUCUUCAACGGCACGCGAGCCCUGAAGGACGACCGUUUCCAGAUGGUGCUCUUCACCCCGAGGCUGGUGCGCAUCACUUUGACCAACGUCAGCGUGUCGGACGAGGGCGGCUACUUCUGCCAGCUCUACACGGACGCCACUCACCACCAGGUGGCGACGCUCUCCGUCUCCGUGCCCCCGGAGACGCCCACGGUGGAGGUGAAGCAGGAGGCCGUGGAGGGGGGGGAAGUGGAGCUCAGCUGUGUGUCCCCACGCAGCAAGCCGGCCGCCACACUGCGCUGGAUGCGUAACGGACGGGCGAUUCCAGGUGUGGUAUCCCAGCAGGACAACGCCAAGACGUUCAGCGUGUCCAGCACCAUCCGGAUCCCCGUGGAAAGGAAAGACAACGGGGCGGCGCUGAGCUGCGAGGCGUCUCACCCGGCGCUCAGCGGGCAGAAGAGGAUCCGACACUAUCGCCUGGAUGUGUAUUUUGCACCAACAGUGAGAAUUGUUCCUCCACCUGGAAUUAUGCGAGAGGGCGACUCGCUCAGCUUGACCUGCUCCGUCACUGGGAACCCUCUGCCCAGGAACAUCCAGUGGUCCAAGAUUAACGACACCUUACCAGAGAGAGCAGAGAUUUCCGGCCCCAACUUUCAGAUUUCCCGCCUCAGCCAAUUACACAACGGGACGUACUUGUGCCAGGCCCAGAACAACUUUGGACGCGCUGCCGAUCAUUACACCCUGCUGGUGUACGAACCCGGUGCAGUGGUAGAGACUCACAGUGCAGUACCAUAUGCAGUGAUAGGGGGCGUUCUGGCACUGCUGGUUUUCACCGUCAUCUGUGUCCUCAUCGUCACCAUCUGGUGCUCCGUUCGACAGAAAGGUUCCUAUCUUACCCAUGAGGCCAGUGGGUUGGAUGAACAUGGUGAGGUGCAGGAAGCUUUCCUCAAUGGGAACGACGCCAGCCAGGGCAAGAAGGAGUACCUACUGUAGCCCCUAUCCCCUUCUCUUCUGACCUCAAUCCCCCUUAUCCCUUCCCUACCCUGUGUCCCAUCUUAUAUACAGUAUACACACACACACACACACACACACACACACACACACACACACACACACACACACACACACACACACACACACACACACACACUAUACAAUACAAGCGCCAUUACAGGCAGCCUUUUGAAAACGACUGUAUACAGAUACUGCACACAGCCAAUCCAUCCCGCUUCAUUCUACUCCACAGCCUCCAUGCACACACACCCAGAGGCAGACUGAGAAAAAGAGAGCCUAUACACCCAGCAGCCAGUAACGACUGUGCCAUAUACUGUAAGUCGGAGAUACUAGGGAGAAUGGAGAGAGCGGGGCCGGGGUGAAUGUAGACAAUAACGAAAUGAUGCCGUUAUUAUUUUUGAUCAAGGUGGAAGUGGGGAGCACAAAGAAAACAGGCACUCUGCCCGUUCAGCCGCCAAAAGUGGAAGGGGAAUUAGAGGCAGAUGAGUGCUAUAAUUCCAUGCCUGAAGAAAACCAUUUAUUUCACAAAGCUCAAUCUUUAACUGAUGGAGACACGGGGAGGGGAGGGGGAAAUGAGGAGGGGUUGACCAGAAGCUAUCGAGUGAUACACGGUAGAAAAUUGAAUUUUUUUAAAUUGUCAGAACAUCUUUCCUACAGAGUGCAACUCGUAUAUAAUUCCCUACCAACACUGGAGUGUUUAAACCCAGAGUCCCAGGAAGUAUUCAAAGUUUUGACGAAACGUACUCCCUACCCAAUAAUUGGUAAAAAAAAAAAAAAAAGGAAUCCUAUUUUAAAGGAGGUUCUCUUUUUUAAUUGAAUUAAUUCUCUUCCUUCCUCUACAUUCACCUGUUACAGUCAUCUCCCCCGCUCCAUUAUAUCUCGCUUUUUUCUCCGUCUGCCCCCCCCAAUCGCUCCUCCUUUGUUGGCUCCUAAUAAUGUAAGGAUUAGUGUUGGGCUUCGUUCCCAACAAAGACGAAAGGAAUAUGACUUGCUAAGGCAUUAAAGAAAGGCUUAAUUAUUUUAGAAUGUCAUUAAGAGGAUAGAAAGGUUUAAAAGUCUUGAUAAGAAGGGCAAGGGGGAGUGAAGGAAUGAGAAAUAAAAAACGGAUGGAUAUUUUUUCUGAAUGCUACCACACAUAUGCAGAUACAUGCACUCAUUCAUACGUACAGUACACAUGUUGACAGAACCAGUAUACAUAUCUCUGAAGUACGUAUUUGUAUAAAAAAUAGAACAUCUACAUAAAUUAAAUGAAACUUUUAAGAAAAAAAAAUCUGUUUACUAUUGAAACACAUUAUGAAGCAUCUAUACUAACACAGAAUAUUAGCCUAUAGAGGUGCAAAGCCGAACAAACCACUGUCCAGUGAUCUUUAAAGAAAAUAAAGAAAAGAAUAAAAAAAAAUAUCAUUGUCUUUAUGAGAAACCAGAGGUCUUAUCGAUUUUUUAAUUAUUAUUAUUAUUUGAACAAUUAUGAUUGUUGUUAAUGUUAUUAUUGCCGUUGUUAUUAUUAUAAUUGUAAAUGUUAAAGAAAUGUACACUUCCCAUGGUUUGUUUUUGGUUCUACUGUAGAGAAAUUGCUGUCUUUUUUCACUCUUACCUUUCCUCUCUUUCCCUUUCUCUCUCUUCGUCUCCUGUGCCUAGUCGUCUCUUCUCCUGUCUUUCACUACUGUUUACUUUAGAGUCCAUGUGUCAUUGUUGAUAUAUAGCUAACUAUUUCUUUAUAGGGGAAAGAUACAAAGCACGAUAAAAUAAAAAAGAAUUCAAAAAUAA